AGUUUGUUUUAUAAAGGCACAGUGUAUAAUAUGGAUAAUAUGCAUGGUGCAUUGUCUCGUCGCCAGUAUCACGAGUUUGAAUGAGCUUUAAACUGUGUUAUGUUCGUGAACAAACAAAACAGAAAAUGAUCACUUGGUGUCAGUAUGUGAGCAGAAAAGUGUUUCGUUAGAAGCCUUUUGUCACAGACACGGAUCCUCCCCUUUGUGGGACGGCUUUUCACGUUUUCGUACUUCGUGCAUCCUUCAUAUCAUAUCGGAAUUUUCUCUUCCAUUUUGGUGGAAACCACAUAUUAUUUUACGUCUAUCUGUUCUUCGGUUGAUAAAUGAGGCGUCAUUGUGAAUCAUUGGGAUACAUUUUUAGCGGCUAGUUAUGGAGCAGAAAAGACUUGGAGCUUCGGGGGAGCAAUGGCGGUGGGUCGCUUUCAUUGUUUCAUUAAUCUUGCUGUGGUGCGGAGCUUCGGCGCAAAUAAGAUAUUCCAUCGCCGAGGAAGUUAAAGAAGGUACUAUUGUUGGGAAUAUAGCAAAGGAUUUGGGAUUAGAGAAGAACACACUGAAAGAAAGGGGAUGUCGCAUCGUUGAGGGUUCAACAGAGUCAUUUUUUCACGUAAACCAGGAAGAUGGGAUACUCUACGUCGACCGGAUAAUUGACAGGGAAACGGUUUGUGAACGGAGCAGCGUGUGCUUGAUCAACUUGAAAACAGUGCUGGAAAACCCCCUUGAAAUUCAUUAUGUGAUUGUAGAGAUAGUGGAUGUGAACGACCACUCUCCCACAUUCUCAGGUCGGGAGUCACGUCUCGAAAUUUCAGAGUCGGUUUUACCAGGUUUGCGCCUCCAGCUGCAGGCAGCACACGAUCCUGAUGUCGGUCAGUUUUCCAUACAGGAGUAUAAACUCAGUCCUAAUGAUCAUUUUCGUUUGGAGGUUAAAGAUCGUGGAAAGGAUGGGAAAAUACCGAUUUUAGUUUUACUGAAGGCGCUGGAUAGGGAGACAAAGAAAAGUCACAAGUUACUUCUUACAGCUGUUGAUGGAGGGAAACCAAGUAAAUCUGGAACAGCUGAAAUUACUGUUGACGUAUUAGAUGUCAAUGAUAAUAUGCCAGUGUUCAGUGAAGACACAUACUCGGUACUUUUGGAAGAAAAUGCUCCUAUUGGGACAACAAUUAUAAAAUUAAAUGCUUCUGAUUUAGAUGAAGGGUCCAAUGGCGAGAUUGUGUAUUCAUUAGGCAAGAACGUGAAUAGCAGAAUACGUGAACUUUUUCGUGUUGAUGCGGACACAGGUGAAAUUAUUGUUCAAGAUCUGAUAGACUUUGAAUUAGAGGAAAGCUAUGAAAUUGACAUACAGGCAUCUGAUAAAGGAUCGGCUCCUUUAAGGACAGACAAAAGUGUGUUGGUGAAUAUUGUUGAUUUAAAUGAUAACACUCCGCAUAUAGAGGUUACAUCAUUUUCAAGGGCCAUUUCAGAGGACGCAAGACUGGGAACCACUGUGGCAUUGAUCAGUGUUCUCGAUAAAGACUCUGGUCUCAAUGGGAAAGUUAUUUGCUCAUUUAGUGAAGAUGUUCCAUUCACAUUAUCACCUUCCACACAGGAGAACAUGUAUUCAAUAGUCACAAAAUCGCCCCUAGAUCGAGAAAAACAGUCCACAUACCAUGUUACAGUUGUUGCAAGGGAUGCAGGUGUGCCAUCGCUGUCUUCUGAAAAAAGCAUUAGCAUAGCUGUAUCUGACGUGAAUGAUAAUAGUCCAGAGUUUUCAGCAAGCCCUUUCACGUAUUACGUGACUGAGAACAACUCUCCAGGAACUUCACUGUUUUCUGUGAGGGCAUCAGACCGCGACGAGGGAGAUAAUUCUCGUAUUUUGUAUCACAUUUUAAGAGAUGGAAAAGAGAAUAACAAACUCCAUUCAUUCAGUCUUAACAUAAACUCUGAAACUGGGGAUAUUAUGGCGCUAAAAAGUUUUGAUUUUGAGACUCUGAAAACGUUCCAGUUCCAAGUCGUGGCCACAGACUCUGGAACUCCGUCACUGAGCAGCAACGUCACAGUGAACGUGUUCAUUCUGGAUCAGAACGACAACGCUCCAGUCAUCCUGUAUCCAGUCAGCUCCAACGGCUCUGCUGAAGGUGUGGAGGAGAUUCCCCGCAAUGUGAACGCAGGACACUUGGUGACUAAAGUCAGAGCCUAUGACGCUGAUAUAGGAUAUAACGGCUGGUUACUCUUUUCACUGCAGGAAGUCACUGACCACAGUCUCUUUGCUUUGGACCGCUAUACAGGACAGAUCAGAACACUUCGCUCAUUCACAGAGACAGACGAGGCUGAGCACAAACUGCUCAUACUGGUCAAAGACAAUGGGAACGUUUCCCUCUCAGCAACAGCUACUGUGAUUGUCAAAGUGGUGGAGCCCAAAGAGGCUUUUGCAGCCUCUGACGUCAAAAGUGCAGCCAAAGAUGAUGAGGGGAAUGAUGUGACUUUUUAUCUCAUCAUAACUUUGGGCUCAGUUUCAGUCCUUUUCCUCAUCAGUAUCAUCGUGCUGAUUGCAAUGCAGUGCUCCAAAUCCACAGACUACACUUCUAAAUAUCUACAAGAGACUAAUUAUGACGGGACACUGUGUCACAGCAUCCAGUACAGAUCUGGAGACAAACGCUACAUGUUAGUUGGACCCAGAAUGAGUAUAGGAUCUACUAUAGUCCCUGGCAGUCAUGCAAAUACUCUGGUGCUCCCUGACAGGAGACGCACUUCCGAAGAGGUAAGAUCAAUAUUUUGUCUAUUUCAUUCCUGUGAUUUUUCAUUUCACAAUAUUUUGUGCCAAUGAGGUCAGCUCGAUAUGUUUAAUUGGAUUUCAUGCCGUUGAGUUUGGAGCUUGUGUGCCUCUCACUAGUAUAAUAUGUUCUGUAGUCUGCACUUUAUGAAACAAACAAUACUGACUCGCUUCAUGACAAAGACUUUGAGAAAAUGAAUGUGAAAAAAAUGCAAUGCAAGAAAGAAAACAAAACGUUUUAGUAAGGCCAACCAUCUUUUUCUUGUUUUGCUAAAAUGUUCACAGUGAACUAGUACAAGUGAAAAGAAUGGCUAUUGGGCAGCUUGUGUGCACGAGAUAAGUUUCAAUACAAAAUAAGAUGCUGAUGCAAAUUGUGUAGCAAUCUUUGGGAGAGUGGCUGUGCGUGGCAGACGACCGGGUUGUCUCCUUUGAUUUAACUUCCUGUUUAAUCAAGUAAGGAUAUUUGUACCCGUGUAAACAAUAUUUUUACAACUGCAAUCUUACCCAUCUGUUUGAUGUGUACGUUCAAAAAUUAGUGGCUGGUUUAACUGAGUGCAGGCAGUCGCUGUCCAUGGUGCUGGAACAUCCAUAAGCAAGUCCCUUUUCUGGGCAAAACUCAUUUGAA